AUGUCUACAUCCCGCCUCUUCCAGCCCAUCCAAGUCGGACGCAUGCAACUACAGCACUGCAUCGUCCACCCUUCAAUGACCCGCAACCGCGUUGGCAAGGACACGCGCGUAGUGGGUGACGACGUCGUCGAGCAUUACACCCUUCGCGCUACCGUGCCCGGCACGUUGCUUAUAGCGGAGGCGACCUACAUCACACCCAAGGGUGCCGCUUUUGAUCUCGGGCAGCAUACUCCAGGUCUAUGGACACCUGAGCAAGUCCGGGCAUGGAAGAAGGUGACCGACGCCGUCCAUGCUCGCGGCUCUUUUAUAAUAUUCCAAUUUUGGGUAUUAGGCCGCGAGGCCGACCCAGACCUCCUGGCCGCGGUGGACCCAUCACCGCCAUACAUCUCCGCAUCAGGUAUACCCAUAGAGGGAAGAAGCCGAGCUCCACGCGCGCUCACCAUUGAAGAGAUCCAGGAAAACGUCCGCCUGCACGCGGACGCUGCCAAGCUAGCCGUCAACGAGGCGGGCUUCGACGGGAUUGAAGUCAACGCCGGCGCCAGAUAUCUGCUUGGCGAGUUUCAGAAGGAGUUCUCGAAUACGCGCACGGACGAGUACGGUGGGACGCCUGAGAACCGUGCGCGUUUCACACUUGAGGUCUAUGAUGCUAUGGCGCUCGAAGUAAGUGUCGAUCGCCUCGGGAUCAAGCUCAUGCCUUGGGAUACCGUCCGGGGCAAAGACUACGAGAACGACGAUCCCGUUCCGACCUUCUCAUACUUCGUGUCUGAGCUACGUCGGCGCCACCUCGAUUUCGCAUAUCUGCACGUCGAGCCCCGAUUCGGUCCGACUUGGAAUGGGCGCCCUGUAAAGCGGAACGAGUCCAGUGACUUCCUGCACGAGAUCUGGAAAGGCAAGCCUUAUGUCACCGACAAUGGAUACACGCGCGAGACAGCCAUCGCACAGGCGGAGACAGACGAGCAUGCGCUCGUUGCCUUUGGGCGCGACUACACCUCAGAUCCCGACCUCCCUAUUCGUCUUCAAUACGACCUUGCACUGACGCCACUGACGCGAGACGUACGCGACACAUUCUACCCUCAGCUUGAUCUGACGGGCUACAACACGUCGAGCUUUGCGGAGAAGAGCAAGAAGAUACUUGCAGAGCGCGGGGUAUCGGUCUAG